AUGGGAGAGUGCAACUCGAGCUUAUUUGAAAAGCUGACGCUUGACGUCUCCGUCUUCUGCAAGAGCACUUGCCCAACGCACCACUUCACAACCUUGCAUUUCCCUGGAUCUCUGCUUCAAAUCUUCCGCGACCGAGCGGCAGCCGAGGACUUUCUUGCCAACUCUGGCCGCUUUACACAACAGUUUUCCAUCCAGGACGAGGCAGACGAUGAGCUGCUAGAGCGAACAAGGAUCUUCAACGGACUCGAUCCCAACAGCGAACCUGCCCUGCGCAGGACGUUGGGCAUGUCGGCAGAGCGCAAAGAAGCGCGGCGCAGGUCACGCCUCCUCAUCACCUCGCAGGCUGCUACACGUCAAGAAGCUGCUGCUCCCGCUGUGCACUCCCCGCCACUAUCUCUCAAGUGCAUGUCUUCUGAUGCUCCACCGAUCUCGCCCUUCGAAGAGAUCAAUGGUUUCGCUAGCUUCCCAUCCUCGGUGCCUUUGCAGAGCAUGUCGUUGCUGUCAGUCAAGCAUCUGGCCAACUCGGUUGCUUUCUAUGCCAAAGUCUUGGGCUUCAAUUGUGUCUCGCAAGUACCACACAUUCAAGCUGUAAUGAGCAGCUCAUCCGCCACCAUCUGCCUGCGCACCACAGACCGUGCCCCUCCGCUGCCCACCGGAGCCACCGUCUCGCGUACGAGCAUGAUUCGCGCCUCAUCUCUCAACGGCGCUACAAGAUCCGAUCCGCUCACUCACGCAAGACCAGCUUUGCCGACCAUGUCCGAAGAACAAAGCGAGGACACUCUCUCCCUUCCACCGGCCCCCGAAUCCGUCAGUCUCUCCUGCACGGACGCAGAACCUCUCGAUCUUCCCUUGACCACCCUCCCUCUACGCUCCUCUGCCACUUCUACGCUUUCUGGCCAAACUGUCCGGAUCGAGUACAGCGGCGCACUCGAAUCCAUGCAUACCCUUCUCUCAGCCAAACUCAACGAAUGGAGGCUCGAGCACACCAAAGCUGCUGCUGCUGCUUCUACGCAAGCUUCACAGACAAAUGGAACUCGGCCCUCACAACCGGACAUGGGCCAGGAUCCUCAGCGACGUUCAGUAGACGCCUUGGGACGCACAGGAGCUGCACCUUUGCGAUCUGGACGGUCACCGCAUCAUUUGUACCACUCCCUUUGCCCGAGCUUAACCUAG